AGGGUCUUACUGUGUUGCCCAGACUGGAGUGCAGUGGCGCUAUCUCCACUCACUGCAACCUCCACCUCCCGGGCUCAGGCGAUUCUCCUGCCUCAGCCUCCCAAGUAACUGGGACUACAGACAUAUACCAACACACCCCAGCUAAUUUUUUUUUUUUUUUUAAUUUUUGGUAGACAAAGGAUUUCCCUAUACUGGCCAGGCUGGUCUCAAACUCCUGGCCUCAAGUGAUCCGCCCACCUCAGCCUCCCAAAGUGCUGGGAUUACAGGCAUAAGCCAACAUGCCCGGCCUACAUUUUUCUUCCUUAAGUCUGCAAGUUGGGCCAAAGAGGACACAAAAGUCCUAUGGAUUUGUAUAAGCCAGGCACUAAGACAAGGCUUCAGUUAUACUACUGUUGCCAGGCCAUGGGUGGCAAAGAAAUCACACAUGUCAACUUUGCAGAAGAACACCAGAGUGAAGUCUAGAGUGAGAAAAAACAAUCAAGGAGAAGAGGCACAAGAUGGAAUGGUUCAGAGUCUGUUCAGGCAAGCCUGCAGAAAUGAGCACUCAUCAGUGGUUUUGAAAACCUGGCAGCAGAAACCAGAAGUGAGUGAGCUAGGAAGUGUAAGGUGGCCCUGGGGUGAUGAUUGAAGGUCAGCAGUCCCACUUCCAGCUGUCCUGACUCACUCCUGCCUUCUCAUCACCUCAUGGAAGCCUAUCCUCCAACAGCAACAGCAUUGGGGCUUCCCAUGAAGACAUCUAUAGACAGGCCAAACAGGGUGUAAGGAAGCAGACCCAGAGUACAUAGUAUCUAUCCACAUCACUUUAUUUAAACAAGCAAGAACAUGCUAGCACAGUCUCCAUCACUAUACUACAGUUAUGUUGUGCUAAUUCUGGUACCCUAUAAAGUUCAAAAAAAGAGGACUAUACCUAUAAAUGAAAUUGUUAUGCCUUUUUGAUUUUGCUAUUAUAUGAUGCUACUCAUGUGCAGUGACUAUUUGUAAUGGUAACACAAGAAUUCCAUGAAUGUACUUCCAAAGUUGUAUCCCUUCUCCCUCAAAAUCUAUUCAGUAUUUCUUAAAAAGUUGUAUUGACAGAAAAGACUUAAUCUAAAAAAGCAAAAUCAAGACAAACAUGAGAUUGUCAGAAUAUGAGAGUAAGUCUUAUUAAGUGCUGCAGGAGUAAAGGAAGUUUUAGUCAAAAUGUUGGCUUUGCUGCAAAGUCCUAGAUAAAAUACUAAAAAUUCUCUGGAAUGCAAUGUUAUCUUUGGUGAAAUGAGGAAGUUGAAUUUCAUAGUCUCUAAGCAAAAACACAGCUCUAAAAACAUUAUGCCUUAGUUUUCUAGUUCGAUUUCAACGAACUUUUGAUCUCAAUAAUACAUAAAUGUUAACUUCAAGAUCACUAUAAGAAUAUAAUUUUUUAUACCUGAAAAUCUAAUAUUGUUUAAAGAAAAUAAGAAGUAUGCAUUUUAGAAGAAUCUCUUCCAAUAUUCCUAUGUCAACAUACAGUUAAAUAAUUUUAAAAUACUUUUAAUGCAAGAGAAAUAUAAACUAAAGUCUAACUUUUAACAGUGUGGCCCAGCGCAGUAGCUCAUGCCUGUAAUCCCAGCACUCUGGGAGGCUGAGAUGGGCAGAUCACCUGAAUCCAGGAGUUUGAGACCAGUCUGGGCAACAUGGCAAAAACCUGUCUCUACAAAAAUAAAUUAAAAACUAAAACUAAAACAAAAAACAAUGUAGUUUCCCAGAAUAAUUUAGCAGAUAGGCCAAAUAAUAGUGUACUGGGGACAAUGUUUACAUUUCUUACCACUGAGCCUUUAAAUGCUAGAAGUGAAACCUCAGAACCCUAAAUUGCUUUGGAAGGGAAGUUAUAGGGGAAAGAGGAAAAAGAUGUGAGAAGUGGAGGGUGACAUCAUUCACACUGUUCCAGCUCCCAAGUUGAAAAACAAGGUUAGGCUUUGGCGAUUUAUUUUGCCCACUGUGAAACAAACAAACAAACAAACAAGAAACUAACUUACCCAUGACACUAUUUUGUAGUAGGUAUUCUGAAUCUAGAUCUUUCUCCUAUCUUCCUACGGUAUAUACAUGCAUGCACAUACACAGUCACAGUAUUUUCUAUAAUUGUCCAAGUCUUUGUUCAGCACAAAAGCAGGCUCCGAGUGAAACAAGUUCAUGAAUUUUCCACAGAAAAUCUUAACCAAAAAAAGUAAGUGAUUACUGUAAAGCCUAUUUGAUUUUUUUUUUACUUUUAGGGUAAAUAAUAAAAAAUAAAAAAUAAAAAAAAUUCUUAACAUCCUUUAACAUAGAUCUCCAAAUCAGAAUCAUAUGCAAAUCCAAUUAAAUUCAAGUGCAGUGUCACAAGUAGCAGGUUAAGUAUUCUUAUUUGUGUCUCAAAAAUGACUACAAUACUUUGAAAUGUGUGACUUUUUCCGGGAAAGAAAACUGUAUACACCUAGAAUUUUCACCUUAUGUUUCCUACUUAAAUUUACUUUAAAAAGAUGACACUAAAUCAAUAUACAUUAUUUUCCAAAAGAUGACAAUAUUAUUCAAUAUUAAGCCUGCCUGAUUAAAAAAUAACUUAGGCAUUUAGAAAUAGUUAAACAUUCACAUUUCGAUGAAGAAUUAAACAUUUGGAUCUGCUUAACUGACAAGAGGAAAUUCAAUUUAUUCUGAGUAACUCUUAUUACUUCAAAGGAUAGACAUGAAAAUCCUUUCACAACAAAUCCCUUCCCUGAUACAGUUAAAUGCAAAUUCUCUUUUCCGUCUUACUCCAGAAAGCUCCUGCAUACAUAGGCUGAUACGCCACCUACUGCAAAACCGAGCUGACAGCGCAGGCGAUGCUGCCAGCGUUUCCAUUCCAUCACCAGGCUGGGGCUGAAUAAAGGCGUGCUUGUGUGGUAGUGUUUCUUUUUAAAAAAUCUCAAAGCCAAGAAGAACAAGCUGAAAUAGCAUCUUCAAAAAAUGGAGCGUAAAAUAAACAGAAGAGAAAAAGAAAAGGAGUACGAAGGGAAACACAACAGCCUGGAAGAUACUGAUCAAGGAAAGAACUGCAAAUCCACACUGAUGACCCUCAACGUCGGUGGAUAUUUAUACAUUACUCAAAAACAAACACUGACCAAGUACCCAGACACUUUCCUUGAAGGUAUAGUAAAUGGAAAAAUCCUCUGCCCGUUUGAUGCUGAUGGUCAUUAUUUCAUAGACAGGGAUGGUCUCCUCUUCAGGCAUGUCCUAAACUUCCUACGAAAUGGAGAACUUCUAUUGCCCGAAGGGUUUCGAGAAAAUCAACUUCUUGCACAAGAAGCAGAAUUCUUUCAGCUCAAGGGACUGGCAGAGGAAGUGAAAUCCAGGUGGGAGAAAGAACAGCUAACACCCAGAGAGACUACUUUCUUGGAAAUAACAGAUAACCACGAUCGUUCACAAGGAUUAAGAAUCUUCUGUAAUGCUCCUGAUUUCAUAUCAAAAAUAAAGUCUCGCAUUGUUCUGGUGUCCAAAAGCAGGCUGGAUGGAUUUCCAGAGGAGUUUUCAAUAUCGUCAAAUAUCAUCCAAUUUAAAUACUUCAUAAAGUCUGAAAAUGGCACUCGACUUGUACUAAAGGAAGACAACACCUUUGUCUGUACCUUGGAAACUCUUAAGUUUGAGGCUAUCAUGAUGGCUUUAAAGUGUGGCUUUAGACUGCUGACCAGCCUGGAUUGUUCCAAAGGGUCAAUUGUUCACAGCGAUGCACUUCAUUUUAUCAAGUAAUUACCUGUGUCACGAACAAAGGCAACAAGCAUGCAGCCAGCAAGCUUCGGAAAACCACAGCAUCAAAGACAUCCCAAAUAACAUGCUCAGCUAGCUCUGUACUACAGAGCCCUGCUACUAAUCAAUUACUGUGAGCUAACGGUAUGUAAAUUCUAUCGCUAAAGAUGUCCUUCCUCUGGGGUGUUCCUGCUGAUCAGACUCUUCCACCUAAAAUGAAAACAGUAACCUUCUAUAUACUGUAAAUAAAGACUGAAAGCUUUUGCUAUUUAUUUGUCCUUAAGCUGUCUUUCAAUCAGAUUGUCUUGGGUAUUUGCACAAAAAACAAAGCAUGUACAUUAUCUAUCGUUCAUUUAAGUAAAUGGUAAUAAAAUAUUUUAAGGGGCUAUUAAUAUUUAAAAUCCUUUUCUACUAUGGCAAAAAUCUACAGAGAAACUGAACUGGCAAAAUUAACUACCUGGAGCAAAACAGAUGUGCAGAUCUAACUAAAACAGAGCUAUAGUGAAACAAAAUGAGAUUGUAAGAAGACAUUAAAGCUAUUGAUUUGAUUUUUCCAUAGCAAGCACCAAAAGCUUAUAUUCACAGUUCCUGUGUUUCAUAUUAGACUUAUAGCUGAAUUGGUAUUUUGCUGAAAAUUCCUAGAAAACUGCUUGAUGACAAUAAAAAGUAAAUAAAAGCACUGCUACCUUCUUUGAUUGUA